UUUGGCGGCUUAAAAAAUAAGCCCCCUCUUUCCCAGCUUUUCUCAUAAGCCGUCUCCUUUAUUUAUUUGUGCUUCUGAACUAGUUAUGGUAUAAUUAAUUUAGAAGUCUCAACAAAUUUAGGGAGCGGCUUAUUUUUUAAGCUGGGGAGAGACAACUUAUUUUUUAAGCCGCCCAAAAGAACUAGCCCUUAAUAUGGUGGCCUGAUUACCCAAAAUUGUAUUUUUCCACAACAUAUAAAAAUCAAAUAUGAUAUGUUUACGAUGAUAACCUUCUAAUACAGUGUUUACAAUGAAAAAUAAUCGAGAAGAAAAGUCUGGCCACAUAUAUACAAGAUUCAAAUUGGCUAAGCUACCGUUGGUUAAUAAAGAAGGCAUGUUUAGCCAAAAAAAAAAAACAAUGCCAUAACUUUUAGACCCUAACAAAUCCCGUUUGGAUUUUAAGCAUGUAAUCCCGAAUAUUUUUUCAUGGCAACUUUAGUUGGCAUGAGGUAGCAAGUUCGGUGGUUAAAACAUGACAAUUUCGUUUUUUGUUAAAAAAUUGCCAUGUUUGCCAAUCCUCGCUUCAACUAAAGUUGCCAUAAAAAACGUCCGGGUUGCCAUGCUUAAAAUCCGAACGUUCAGGAUUUAUCAUUUCCGUAAUUUUUUCCCGUUAUAAAAACAAGUAGGGAUGUCCGCCAUAUCCAGAUUGCAAGUCGGCUCUGAGUGAAGUUUUCUUUCUUUUUUACAUACUUCACUCUGCCGAAAAAAGACCCUGUCGGAUUUGUAAGCCGGCCCACCACACACAUGGAAUCCAUCUCCGACUCGGUGCCGCAUAUACUGCGCCUACAACUACCCAAUCGAUCCCCUCUAAUUUGUACCCGGUGGAGUACUAGCACAGCUUCCCUUGGUUAUCCAUCUAUUUCAUCGGCUGAUCGGCGGGAGCUCCCGCCGGAAACCGGAACAGAUGGGUGGUGUCGAGGAGGAGGAGAUGGACGGAGACAGAGGCAAGUCCCACGCCGACGACGUCGAAGCUGCAGAUCCCACCCCCACCACCGUCGCCAAAAGUGACGACCGCGAUAUCAAGCCGUUACUUGAAGCUGCAGCUCCCGUUCCCAUCAACAACACAGGCUAUGGUAAUGCCGACGAGAUGGACGGAGGCAAACCAGCCGACCAAUUAGCCAUGGAGGCCGACGAGGAGAAGCAGCACAUGAUCGAGCGCACGAUAUCCGACGACGAAAGUGACUUCGGUUACCACGUAGAUGUUGAUGAGUGGCGUGCAACCACGUUUGAUUCAGCCAAGCUGUUACUUUUAGCUGCAGAUCCCGUUCUCAACAGCAUAGGUUAUGGUAAUGUCGAUGAGAUGGACAGAGGCAAAUCGGCCGAGCAAUUAGCCAUGGAGGCCGAGGAGAUCGCCCAUGAUGAGAGUGAUUUCGCCCUGUACGCUAAGAGCCGGGACAGGAGAUGGGCUCACGAUGGAUACUUUGGGGACAUGACGACACUGAGCUCCACGCAGUUCACACACAUGCUACCUGGUACCAAUUCAUAUGGUACUGGAUUCCCGCCCACCCUGCAGAUCCUCUCCAUCAAACUCGCGGAAAUAAAAGGUGGAUUGGAAUGGCCCUUGCCUGUGUACGGCGUGGUUGCUGCCCGAGACACCGUGGAUCACAACCGUAACCUUCUGUUUGCUCGUGAUCGGAGCGAGUGCCAGAGAGUCGAGAAAGACCAUCCUUAUUUGCGCUUGACUGGCCCCUCUCGUGCAAUUGUGUUUCAAGGUGGUGUUAUCUUUGAAAUCCAACUGAAACUAAGAGGCAGCAUGGCGUCUCAAGAUAGAGCAUUGAUCACUCGAAUGCAACGUUACCAUGGAAGAAAGGGUACCAUUAGCUUUGAGAACUGCCUUUGUACAGCAGAGUUGAGUUUGGAGGUGAUUGGGCAAACGGUCCAGGCCACUUUCUUGGGUAUCCGUGUCAAAGGGGGGUCAUGGCCUUCCAAAUAUGGAGGCAGAGUUGUUUGCUUCGCACCAUCAGUGUCAGUCGAGAUCAUUGAUGGUCAAGUCACUUGCAGUCCUGAUGACCAACCUGGAGAAGUGGUGCUGGUUGAUUCUCGCCGUAGAGCAAUGCCUAUGGCUUCGGCUGGUUACCUUCUCAUCUCAAGGCAGGUUGUUUCUGUGGAAAGUCAAGGCAGCCUCAAAGUUGUCUUGCAGACUUACUCUGCAUCUGGUGACAUCGAUUCAGAAACUCAGGUGUGCUUCGCGCCCGAAUAUUUCAACGCUCGUGUGACGACAUGUAAGCUUAGCGGCGUCGAGGUGGAGAUGACUGUUGCUUGGUCCCGUAUGGUCACUGAAAAGGAUCAUAUCACCUCACGGGGCUGGGUGCUCGUCGACGGAGACAUCAAGUGACAUUAUGACUAAGAGGUAGUAUAUAUGAAGCGAGAGUACAACAGCAACCAAAACUUUGCUCUCUCCAUUUGGUUUGGUGAAUUGUCCUUCGUAUUUCUGUAUUAGUUAGCCAUAUAAGUUGUAUAUGGACAACAAGUUGAUGUAAUCCAACUAUUUUGUAUCGACAAUAACUUAUGCUAUCA